AUGUUACACCCGAAUAUCGAGGAUGAUGAUACGUUCGAGCCUAUCAACUCAACUCCAGAGGACUUCAACCCCAGCGACACCGUCAGUUCUUUUCUUUCCAACACAGCAUACGAUCCUGCACGGCUCCACCCCCUGGCCGGCCUCAGUAGCGGCGGCGGUCUCGACUACAUCAGCCUCGAGGACGAUGCCGGUCCGAUUCCCGGUGCACAGGGGGGAAUCUUGCCGAGCAGAGGAUGGUCGGACGAUUUGACAUAUGGAACAGGUUUGACUUAUAUUACCGGUCUGAGCAUGGGAGGAGCAUUUGGUUUCUAUGAAGGUCUUCGAUCAUCACCAAGCCCGGCAAUCAAGAUCCGCCUUAACACUGUUUUGAACUCGAUGACUCGUCGAGGACCAUUCAUUGGAAACUCGGCGGGUGUCCUCGCUCUGAUGUAUAACGGGGUCAAUGGAGCUAUUGGCAGAGCCCGCGGCACCUAUGAUCCUCUAAACUCUGUUGCCGCCGGGGCCUUGACCGGUGCCCUCUUCAAAUCAACAGCGGGAUUGCGUGCAGCUGGUUCCGCAGGAGGCGUGUGUGCAGCGUUGGCCGGCAUCUGGGCGUUUGGCAAGGAAGCCGUUUUGUAA